AUGGCUGGCUGUGUUCCCGAGCGCUGGGACUCGAACCCGCGGCCGGCCAGGCGCGCCAAGCGCAAGGCCGGAGCGCUCCCAGGCCCGGCCACCAGGCGGUCCUCGCGAGCCGAGGAGCGAUUUCCCGGCCCGGCGCUGUGCGUGAGGCCCACGCGGGGUCUCUGGCCUCCACCCUUGUCCACGGCGCGACGGGCCACGACGCCAGGUGGGAGCUGGAGAUCACCUUUGUCACUUUGGGACUGCCAACAUUUCCUUGGGCAGGCUUUGCAGAAGGAACAGCGGCCAAGCCAGGUACGAUGCUGUCUGCAAUGUCCCGCGCUGAGGACUGCAAGCACCCGUAUGCAAGAGGAAGGGGGCCGCCCACCCCAGCACCCAAAAGUCCAGACAACCCCAGACCUGGGGCUAUACCCAUCGACCUCAACAUCUGCCCCCACGUCCUGGUCGUCCUCAGAGCCAGGGGUUCCCCAAAGCCCACCAGCCUCGAAGCUAUCCAAGAAGCCCAACAGCCCGUGCUCCCCACGGGGGGUGGGAAAGUGGAUCUGGGACGCACUGCCAGGGCCGAGGGAACAGGGAAGGCUGCAGGAUGACACCAACAGGGCAGUUUCAGGGCACAAGACACUGGUGACACCCACCCAGCUGCCCACCAACACCAGACUGGAGGGUCCUGAGGCCAGUGUGGACUCCUUCCUGAAGGUCAAGUAUCGCAGUGGAGGCCGUGGCACUGCCCUGGCCUGGGACUAG